CGUCCCAUUAAUUGGCCGUGCGUGGGGGCGCGCGUGAGUACGCGCACGCAACGCCAGUGUGUGCGCACGUGCACGUGGAUUUCCCACAAUUCUCCUGUCGCUGGUGGCACGGCUUGCGUUGGAGGGCGGAGAGUCGAACGAGCGGCGCUGUCAGGGAACGCAAGUCCUCGCACGCCGCGUGCAACCCGCGUAACCAGCCCAGCGAGGAACGUCUUCGUCCUGCUUAAUUUACCAUGACAACCGAAUCAGGCACAGACUCUGAGGCCAAGCAGCAGCAGCAAGAGGAGAGCACGGAGGCUCUCAAAGAGAACCUGAAAGCCGCUGAACCCGCCUCGCCUCAGAACCAGCCCGAGCAGCUUCCUGCCGCCGUGGGACACAGCACGCCGGCCAGGAAAGAACAGGAGACUCAAGAAGACGACCAAGAGUCCCGCCAGUCAUCCACCAGUCGUCUGUCGAGGUCUCCUUUAAAAGGAGUGAAGAAGGUGAAGAUCAUGCAGUGCAAGGUGACGCUGCCAGAUGGCUCUGACUACACCCUCAAUGUGGAGAAGCGGGUCAAGGGCCAAGUUCUCUUCGACAAAGUGUGCGAUCACCUCAAUCUAUUGGAGAAGGACUACUUUGGCAUGACAUACAGAGAUGUGGAGAAACAAAAGAAUUGGCUGGAUCCUACCAAAGACCUGAAAAAGCAGAUCAGGACUGGUCCCUGGAACUUUGCCUUUAACGUAAAGUUUUACCCUCCAGACCCCUCCCAGCUGACCGAGGAUAUCACAAGAUAUUACCUGUGCCUGCAGCUCCGAGACGAUGUGGUUUCGGGCCGCCUCCCCUGUUCCUUCGCCACCCACACCGUCCUGGGGUCGUACACAGUACAGUCGGAGCUGGGCGACUAUGACCCGGAGGAGCUGGGCAGUGACUACAUCAGCGAGCUGCGCUUCGCACCCAACCAGACCAAAGAGCUGGAGGAGAAGGUGAUGGAGCUCCACAAGACCUACAAGGGGAUGACGCCGGCCGAAGCCGAAAUGCAUUUCCUGGAAAAUGCAAAGAAGCUGUCCAUGUACGGUGUGGAUCUGCACCACGCCAAGGACUCGGAGGGCGUGGAGAUCAUGUUGGGAGUGUGUGCCAGUGGUCUCCUCAUCUACAGGGACAGGUUGCGCAUCAACCGGUUCGCUUGGCCCAAAAUCCUCAAAAUCUCCUACAAGAGGAACAACUUCUACAUCAAAAUCCGGCCCGGCGAGUUUGAGCAGUUUGAAAGCACCAUCGGCUUCAAGCUUCCCAACCAUCGUGCUGCCAAACGGCUGUGGAAGGUCUGUGUUGAACACCACACCUUCUUCAGGCUUGUGUCCCCAGAGGCACCCCCAAAGAAGUUUCUCACCCUCGGUUCCAAGUUCCGCUACAGCGGCAGGACACAGGCCCAGACUCGCAGGGCCAGCUCGCAGAUCAUUCGACCCGCCCCCUUCUUCGAGCGCGCCGCCAGCAAACGGUACAACAUGUCGUGCAGCUUGGACGGAGCACCCAUCACGGAGAACCACGAGAAUCUGAUGAAGGACAGCGACGGCGCCACCAACGCCAGGGGAGACAUCAUCACGACGGUAACCACCGAGAAGAAGGCUGAGGAAGAGAAGGCGGAGCGGGAGGAUGCCCGUGCAGAGACGACGGAAGCCGCCGCUGGCACCACGACGCCGCUCAGACAAGAAGCGAAGUGCUCCUCCCGCGCGUUCACCACCAGCCCCCUCGGCUCUGAGCUCUCACUCCCCUCAUCGCCCGUGUCAUCAACAAAAGUGCGGCGGCGGCGCGGGGAGAACACGCGAAAACGGGCCUCGUCGGUGAGCCCGGCAAAGGACAGCGCCGGCCGCCGCCGCCAGCAGGCACGCUCAGAGCGCCAAGCGGCCCUCUUGGCGGAGCGGGCCCUGCUGCUGUCGGCCCGCAAGCAGCGGUUGGAGCAGAGCGGCAGGGCGCGCGGCGGCACCCUCUUCUCCUUUUCCCUGCACCUGCCCGACCUGUCGGCCGUCUUGGACGAAGACGGCUACCUUAGCUUCCCCGACCUGUCGGAGAUGCGCUUCCUGCCAGAAUGCGCGCAGAACUUCGUGCCCAUCAAGUCGCCGUCGCUCAUCCCCUGCUUCCUCUUCAUCUUCUUCUUCCUGCUCUCCACCUCCUUUUCCGUGCCCUAUGCCCUCACCCUCUCCUUCCCCCUGGCGCUGUGCCUCUGCUACCUGGAGCCCAAGGCAGCCUCGCUGACCGCCUGCAUAGCCCAGGGCUACCAUGACCAUGACAGUUCAGAGGAAGAGGAGACCGACAGCGAACAAACUGACUUUGCCUUCGACGGCGAUAUGACCGCCACAGAGUGUAGCGUCAUAAGACGGGUAAAAGGGGAAAAUGUUUUUGUCAAGCACAGUAAUCUGAUGCUGGAGGACACAGAACCCCCGACCGAGAUGGUCAAGCACCAGACAAACAUCGGCGAGCUGAAGCGCUCCUUCCUGGAAACGGACGGCGGCGUCCCAGGUCUCACCGAGUGGGAGCGAAGGCUCUCCUCGUCCCCGGCGCGCUCGCCCAGAGCGGAUGAGCCGCCCAUGAUAGAACCUCUCGACCUGCGGGAUGAUGAUGAUGAAAAGCCCACCGGAGACAAGACGAAGGCGGAACCUACCGCCACUGAGGCAGCGGGAUAUCUGCUGAAUUGCGCUGCAGAUAGUACACUAGCGGAUGGAGCGCCCUCUUCAGGGCCGCAAGGUAUUAGCCCGUCGGCCGCUACAGACGACGACGACGACGUUUUCGCGGCAGAGGAGAAAACCCCCGACUCUCAAGACGAGUUGUCCGAGAAGUCCGUGGCGAAGCUCAGCCCGGGCUCAGUCAGGGAGGAAGUGACCCAGGCCAUCACCGACAAAAAAGGCAUGCUCAUCAUCUUGAAGGAGGCCGAGGCAGAAACAGAAAGUCUCCUCAUGACGAAGAUGGAAGCGCUGAUGGAAGAUGCGUCUCAGGUCAAAGGCUCGCCCAAGAAGGCCAUGGCCUCGUGGGUGUCGGAGGUGGCGAGGGCGGAGGAGUCAGAGGUCUUCUGCGUACUGACGGAGGAGAUGACGAAGACCUUUGAGCGGUCAAAGCCCGACGUGGCUCAGAUUACACUCCCGGAGACCGCGCCCUUAGCAGUGUCGACUCUCGGAUGGGUUUCUUCUUCUGUGACUUCCUCAAAGGUAUCAGCUGAACCGGAGCAGAAGAUGCUUGUUGCCAUGGAAACGGACGCAGCACCGGAAGACUGCACACAGUGUACUGAAGGGGACAUGGUCUGCUCCAAAGAGACGCCCGUGGUUCAUACGGAGACCAAGACCAUCACAUACGAGGCUGCAGUGGGCGACAUGAAUGGUGACGCGGACCCCGGCGUGUUGCUGAGCGCCCAGACCAUCACCUCUGAAACCACCAGCACCACCACCACCACACACAUCACGAAGACUGUGAAAGGAGGCAUUUCAGAGACGAGAAUUGAGAAACGGAUCGUCAUCACGGGAGACUCCGACAUCGACCAUGAUGAGGCUCUGGCUCAGGCCAUAAAGGAGGCUAAAGAGCAGCAUCCUGACAUGUCAGUGACCAAAGUAGUGGUACAUAAAGAGACAGAGAUCACGCCAGAGGAGGGGGAGGACUGACCCAGGAGUAACCGCGACAUCCCAGAAUUCCACAUUUGAAGGCGGGACCUGAAACUCUUCUUCUUCCCCCUUCCUCUUGCCCGCUAGUCGCAACCAUCCAACCUGCAGAAGUAAAAAAGAAAAAAGGAACGCAUGCGGCGAUGGACGUGAUACGGCAUUAUUAAUAUCACCAUCACAAACCCAUAUGAGAUUAUCCCAGAAAGCUGUACAAUUUAAAAGAAGUAAUAAUAAUUAAAGCAAGUUGCUUUCACUGCCUUAUGACUUGAAAGCAUUUUUAUGAGCGAAAUUGUUGUAGUCAGCGUUUAUUUAUGACAUAAAAGCCAUCACUCCAGAUAGAGGCUGCGUAUAUGUUUAGCGCGUGCACUAUUUAACAUUUCUGUAGAUGGAUUUCCUGUCAGGUAUGCCACUAAAUACAAACACCAGGCCAUGUUCUGGGAUCUCUUACUGUUGAUUAUUUUUAUUUUUUUCUUUUGUCACAUUGACUUGAACUGCAUUUUUUUUUUAACAAUCAUAUCAGUGUUUUUUGUGUGUGCUAGCAUCAAAGCCACGAUGAGGCUUUUCAUCGGCAAGAGGCCAAGGAAUCGUUUGAACGUGCCUGCGCAGGCUUUGAAUGUGUCCGCUGUUCGCCGCCCACUCGUAGCGCCCCCUGUCUCCAUAGCCAAGUACGUUUUUCUCACGAUGCGUGGGAAAUGUGGCCCAUGUGUGUCCAUUUUGAAUUGCAGUUUCCUUCUCCGGUUAAUAAAACAUUGACGCGUCACAACA